AUGCUUUUUAUUUUUAGUUCAAAAAAAUUACCUUCACCAACAACAACUUCUUCUAACCAUGAUUCUGAUGAAGAAUUGAACGAGAUGAGAGUAAUUGAUAACGACGAGGUACCUGAUGAAUUUGUUGAAGAUGAUAAUGACAAUGCCGAAGAUGAUGAUUCAAUAGUGAAAGAACCUGAUGAAAAUGAAACUGAUACUUCUUCAAGUAGCAACACCAGCAGCGAAGAAGAGGAAGAAUAUUUAACAUCAUCACAACAAGAAAAACAAUCAGAAGAACCACAACAAGAAUUGGAAAAAUUAUUAUCAAAUCCUGAAGAAUUAAAGAAUAAAAUUAAUCUUUUACUUAAAAAAUUACGAAAAUUAAUAUCGAUGAUACACAAAUCCAGUAUUUUGACUUCAUUCAUCCGUAAUGAAAUUCAACGAAAACAAAUUGAUUUAGAUGCAAUCAAUAAUUCAAACGAUCAAAACAACAUCAAAAUAAAUGAACUUGUAAAAGAUUUUUAUGUUCGUUGGAACUCAACUUAUCUUAUGCUGAUACGUGUAAUUGCAAUUCAGCAAAUUAUCAAUGAUAUAACAUAUACACCACAAGCACGUAUUGGUUUAACAUUCAAACAGAUUAAAAAAUUGAAGUCAUUAACAAACAGUCACUUAGACUGGGAAUUAUUACAAGGUUUAGCUAAUGUUCUAGCUCCAUUUUCUUUGGCUACUUCGUGCUUGUCAGGCAGCAAAUAUGUAACAUUAUCGUUAUCUUAUUGGGUUCAAAAAAAUCUUUAUACGUAUUUAUCAACAGCAACAAUUAAUCCAUUAGAAAAUAUGUUGAAGCGUUUAUUAUUAAACAAGUUUAUAUUAUAUUUUGAAUCAAAAGCAACACCACAACAAAAAAAUGGUAAAUUGAUUGCAGCAUAUCUAGAUCCAAAUACACUUGUUGAUUUAUCUGAUGAAGAAAUCAGUGAAGCUGAAUCAUUAAUUAUUAAUGAACAUAAAACGUUUCGUGGCGAACCACAGCAGCAAAUUACAACUGCAACACAGGCACAAUUUCAACAGAAACAAUUUACAUCAUCAUCUUCCAUUUCAAAUACGAAAAGUUCAUUAUCAAUUAUGGAACGGUUCAAAAAUGCCUGUAAUAUUACAUCAGCAACAGAUACACUUACAUCAAAUUCAACACGAACAGUAAAACCAUUAUCUCUUAAAGAAGAGUUUAGUAUGUACAUGUCAACAUAUAAACAGUCAACAGAUUUUGAAACAUUUUGGAAUCAAAAACAAUAUAUGUUACCAAUUCUAACAUCAUUUGUAAGACGUUAUAGUAUUAUUCCAGCGACUUCAGUCGCUUCUGAAUCAGCUUUUUCUGUUGCUGGCUAUGUUCAACGCAAACAGCGGUCGUCUCUAUCACCAACUACACUCAGAUAUCUUAUGUUGUUAAAAAAAUGA